CUGAGCCGGGCGGCAGAGCCAGCGGCCGCACGCAGAGAAGUUUUACGGUGUGCUUCUAAAAAGAGUAUUGACCAUGAGGAAGCCCAUGUGAUGGUCCACUAAUCACACUGAAGAAAAUGAAACCACGUUUCAGCAUUGUCGAUCCUUUUCCCACCACUGUUGGCUGAAUGAGAGAUGGUCGUGUGAUUAUGCUGACAGCCCAGCAUGCAUUUGGUAGACCUGUGGUUAACUCGUUCCCUCUCCAUGUGUCUGCUCUUACAAAGUUUUGUCCUCAUGAUACUGUGCUUUCAUUCUGCCAGUAUGUGCCCGAAAGGCUGCCUCUGUUCUCACUCUGGAGGUCUGAACGUCAGCUGUAGCAAUGCAAAUCUCAAGGAAAUACCCAGAGAUCUUCCUCCAGAAACAGUCUUACUUUAUUUGGACUCCAAUCAGAUAACAUCUAUCCCCAAUGAAAUUUUUAAGGACCUGCACCAACUGAGAGUCCUUAAUUUAUCAAAAAAUGGGAUUGAGUUUAUAGAUGAACACGCCUUUAAAGGGGUGGCAGAAACCUUGCAGACUCUGGAUUUGUCCGACAACCGGAUUCAGAGCGUGCACAAAAACGCUUUCAACAACUUAAAGGCCAGAGCCAGAAUUGCAAACAACCCCUGGCAUUGUGACUGCACACUGCAGCAGGUGUUGAGAAGCAUGGCCUCCAACCACGAAACAGCCAACAACGUCAUCUGCAAGACUUCUGUGCUGGAUGAACACGCGGGGAGACCAUUCCUCAAUGCUGCCAAUGAUGCUGACCUCUGCAACCUUCCUAAAAAGACUACCGAUUACGCCAUGCUGGUCACCAUGUUUGGCUGGUUCACCAUGGUGAUCUCAUACGUGGUUUAUUAUGUCCGGCAAAACCAGGAGGAUGCAAGGAGGCACCUUGAGUACUUGAAAUCCCUGCCAAGCAGGCAAAAGAAACCAGAUGAAGCUGAUGACAUUAGCACUGUGGUAUAGUAUUCUGAAUACAAUGACUACCUUUGUGAUGAAAACUGGAUUUGGAUGUCACUCAAACCAGAGGUUUACUUCUAAUGUUCAUUGUAAACAUUAAGACUUUCGGGUUGGUUUUUUUUUUCCUGUUUAACUGAAUUAUGCCACUGUUGAGCUUUCUAACAGAAAGUUUUGUCGGGGUGGUAUACGUUAAUUAUUUCUCUGGUGGUACCCUAAAGCAAGUUAAUUAAUGUGUAAACAUUAGUUUAGACCCAUUCCACUAUUUAAUAAUGAAAUUUAUUUUUUUAAUUUAAAAACCAAAUAAAAGCUCAAAUUUGAACCAUGUAAAACAGAGUAAUUUAUUGAUCAGAAGCUUGUCCUGUGUCAGUGUUUGUAAGGUAAAAGAGAGGGGCGAUGACAAAGUGGAUUGUGAGAAAUCCAGUAUAAGAGGGUCUUUAAGGUGCAAGGAGUGUGCAGUUGAAUAUUAGCCAAUUUUGGGGGUUGCUUGCCAUGACGUGAAAAAGGCACAGUGUGGGGAGAGCAAAGUGUCCUGAGUCUGUGUUAUGGGACUGAUGUUUGGGUAAGAUCCCGGAGGGCAUUUCGGCAGCACGAUGGAGGAGCCAACAUGAAGGAGCUGCAUUACAGACUUCAGAGAGGUAAACGAGAAAAUACAGUGAGUUUUCGUCUUACACCCACUUGCUGCCUCUCAUGAGCUUCAGGCAGGUGUUCUCAGCAUGGGGAGGACAACAAGAAGGCAAAAGCAAACUUAGUGUACUGUUCAAACUAGAGUGCAACUAGUGGUGCUUAAAACCAAGGGUUAAUUAAAUUAGUCUUUUUAAUCUAUAUAUUGGUUUGUAACUAAAAGUAGCUUUAUAUUAUAUAUAUUUAUAUGCUGUCUUUUGUAAAAAACUGAAUAAGUGAACAUACAGACUGGGCAUAUCCUAUUGUGUGUUAGGAAAUAUUUUUGUAUGUUUUUACAGAUAAAUGCUUAGGAAAAUAUAAAGCCCAUGUAGUUAAACUCGGCCUUGGUUAUGAAAUUGAUGUUUUUAAAGCUCUGCUGUCUUCAAAACCAUGAUGGUUUUCUCCUUUCAUAGGUGAAAGUUUCAAAGGGAACUAAUUCACAACAAUGUAUUACUUUCAUCCUUCAUUACCAUAAUAAAAAGGUACUUGUCUCUGGGUCUGGUCCAUACAGAUCUAGUGUAAUUGACACUGGAAUAUGGAUUGCAGAAGGGUUGAUUAAAAAAUCUGUAAAAUGCUGCUUUGCAAAAACAACUUUUAAAGGGCAGUCUCAAAAAAAUGAGAAAACUCCAGUCAUAGCUCCCAUUAGAUUAUCCAUUAUUUCUGUCACAGUUAUGCUCUUUUGUACUUUAGAGGCCACAAGUUUGUUCACCUUCUCUCAGAACAUUGUUGAAAGAAUACCCAAAAUAU